CUUACAGCUGGGGCGACGUACAUAUUUGGGAAGAGCGGGGGGCUUAUCCUGUACACGUGGCCCCAUAACGACAGGCCCAGCACCCGCACGGACCGGCUGGCGGUGGGAUUCAGCACGACGGUGAAGGACGGGAUCCUCGCUCGCAUUAACAGCGCCGCCGGCCUGAUGGAUUUCCUGCAGCUUCACAUGGAACAAGGCAAAGUGGGCGUGAAGUUUAACAUCGGUAUGAUGGACAUCUCUAUCCGGGAGGAGAGCACCCCGGUGAAUGAUGGUAAAUAUCACGUGGUGAAAUACACUCGCAAUGGAGGCAACGCGACCCUACAAGUGGAUAACUGGCCGGUGAACGAGUACUACCCUGGAGGGAACACAGAACUCCACCAAAAACCGAAACUGUCCUAUAAGUUGCCCCGGAACCCGGACGACGGCCAGCAAGAUAAAGGGCUCAGUAUCUCAGGCAUGGAAGAUGGCACAAGACUUCUGAAUCCUGAGUUCAAGAGAGUGGGAACUGGCGUGGCAAAAGGGCGGCCGCUGACGAUCUUCAACACCCAAGCGCAGAUAGCCAUUGGAGGGAAGGACCGGGGAAGGCCGUUCCAGGGGCAGCUUUCGGGCAUCUAUUACAACGGCCUCAAGGUUCUGAACAUGGCUGCCGAGCACAACCCCCACAUCAACAUCAGCGGCAGCGUGAGGCUGGUGGGGGAGGUUCCAUCUAUGGGGACGACGCCAACCACUUCUAUGCCUCCGGAGAUGUCCACCACCAUAAUGGAAACCACAACCACGUUGGCAACUACCACGACAAGAAGGAACCGGUCGUCUCCAGGAUCCAUGGUAAGUGCCGGAUCCGCCUCCCUGUGA